CCCGCCCAUUGGCCGGACAGGGACAGCCGGAGCCUCCUCCAGUAUCCCCGUCAAUGCUUGCAAGACACCCAAACAGGCAGUGACUUGCCGUCGCGUGCUACCACCCCCUGAUAACUGAUAUAUUAUAUAUAUCGGCCGCUGUCAAGCCCGGCACUGCCAUCGAUCGAGCGAUCGGCUUCUCGGCUCCUGCUUCCAGUGCCCGACGAGGCCGACGAUGGCGCAGCGCAAAGUUGCCAUGGCGGCCGCAGCGUUCUUCGCCCUUCUCGCCGUGGCUUCGCUCCUGUGCGCGCCGGCCGCCGCGGGGCUGGUCCGCAUGGAGCACCCGGCCAAGAACGACGGCUCCCUCAGCCUGCUCGUCGUCGGCGACUGGGGCCGCAAGGGCACGUACAACCAGUCCAGGGUCGCCUAUCAGAUGGGCAAGGUUGGGGAGCAGCUCAACAUCGACUUUGUCAUUUCCACCGGGGACAACUUCUACGAGAACGGCCUGACGGGCACGGAUGAUCAAGGGUUCGAGCAGUCCUUCACCGAUAUCUACACGGCGAAGAGCCUGCAGAAGCCGUGGUACCUGGUACUGGGAAACCAUGACUACAGGGGUGAUGCGCUCGCACAGCUGAGCCCAGUCCUGCGAAAGAUUGACAGCCGAUUCAUUUGCAUGAAAUCAUUUAUCGUUAAUGCAGAAAUUGUGGACUUCUUCUUUGUUGACACCACUCCGUUUCAACUCAAGUACUGGACUCACCCUAAAGAUGAUCACUAUGACUGGAGAGGAGUGGCACCUCGAGAAAAAUACAUAAAUAUUUUGCUCAAGGAUUUGGAUGAGGCCAUGAAGAAAUCAACUGCGGCGUGGAAGAUUGCCGUGGGCCACCAUACCAUGAGGAGUGUCAGUGAUCAUGGUGACACUAAGGAGCUACUGCAACUACUGCUUCCAGUCCUUCAGGCCAACGGCGUCGAUUUCUACAUCAACGGGCAUGACCACUGCCUGGAACACAUCAGCAGCAGAGACAGCCCAAUCCAAUACUUCACAAGCGGAGGCGGUUCGAAAGCAUGGAGAGGAGUGCAAAAUACCAACGAAGAUGACCUCAAGUUCUUCUAUGAUGGACAAGGGUUCAUGUCCCUCCAGCUAGACCAUAGCGAAGCCCAUUUCACCUUUUACGAUGUCGAUGGAGAGGCACUGUACCAUUACACGCGGCCGAGCCUGAGGAAAACUGCAGGCCACCUCCAAGCCUCCGGCUAUGUCAACGAGGAAUGAAGCAGGAGCGAGAAUAAUCAGCUAGCAGCAGCUGGAGAAUAGUGAUCGAUUCUGAUCAGUGUGAAAUUCGAAUGUGACUGAUGAGCGGGCAUACGUGGUCUACAGAGGAAGUGUAUUAUUAGUAGCAUUUAUUUAAGUAUGAGAUGUGGUUCAUCUGUCACUGCCGUUGGAAACUAUUUGGCCCAUGCCACCGGUUCCAAAACAUGCCCUGCAAGUUUGCACGGCGGCCCCAUCGCUCCAGUAUCUAGUUGCUCGGUCAUAUUGUUCGCGGCCCUCGCCAUCACUCCAUUUGAUCAUGUAAGAUCUUUUUCCUUUGGAUGA